AUGCUGCAUGAUCUACUAUUUAUGUUAGUCGUUUCUGGGAAUGCGAUACUUGCCGAACCAUCUUGCGAGUACAACGCAAAUCAACGAAAGAGUAUAUUGCGAGACCUUCUCGAGGACUACGAUAAAACGAUGGUUCCGUCGAAUAAUUCAGUGCAAGUUAAUGUUGAAUUAACUGUCCAGGACAUCUCGUCCAUAUCGGAAAUCUCCAGCUCAUUCGUUGCAGAUGUAUGGUUCAGUCAGGUCUGGGAAGAUCCUCGAUUACAGUACAGGAAUAUUUCCUGCAAGUCCAACCUCUCAUUGGACAGUUACGUGAGUGAACGUUUGUGGACACCAAAUGUUUGCUUCGUGAACAGCAAAAGUACUCAAGUUCAUCGUUCACCAGCUUCUAAUAUCUUGCUCAUCAUAUAUCCUAAUGGUACUGUAUGGUUGAAUUACCGGGUGCAGGUGUCGGCUCCGUGCAGUUUCGAAUUGUCGCGAUUCCCUAUAGACGCACAGGAGUGUACCCUCGUAUUCGAAUCUUAUUCGUACAACAUAGCAGAGGUGCGAUUGAAUUGGCAGGAAUGGGCCCCUGUGACGAUGCCGCCGUCAGAAGAUUUUCGAUUGCCGGAUUUCCAAUUUUACAAUGUCACAUGGGGAAAAGUCGUGAACGAGUACACAGCCGGAAUGUGGGAUCAGCUCAAGGUUACCUUCAGGUUCAAGCGUCUCUAUGGCUACUACGUCCUGCAAAUGUACCUGCCUACAUAUCUGUCAGUAUUCAUUUCGUGGAUCGCCUUUUGGAUCGAUACCCGAGCACUUCCGGCUCGGAUCACUCUCGGUGUUUCGUCCCUGAUGGCGUUGACUUUCCAAUUCGGAAACAUUGUGAAAAACUUGCCACGGGUCUCAUUUGUAAAGGCUAUUGAUUUAUGGUUCUUCGUGUGUGUGGCAUUCAUUUUCUUCUCCUUAGUCGAGUUGGCAGUGGUGGGGUUUGUCGACAAAAUGGCGGAAAUCAGACGGAGAUCUAAAAGGCUCCGAUAUCAGCGAUCGCAGAGCCUGAUCAAAAGACAAAAAUCAAGCGGAUCCAUGAGAGGCGUACGGUAUCCGGUGAACAACAAUGGAGAUGAGGCUUGGUAUCAUAUGAAUGGCGGCAAUGGAAGUUGCUAUGUGAAUGGCAUGUCGGAAUUUAAUGGCGAGUAUCCGUCACAUGCAGAUAUCGACAUGGGUGCCAGAGUUGAUGCUAUGGCUGCCAAAGCAUUUCCGGCGAUGUUUGCGGCUUUCAAUGGUGAGUGA